AUGUCCGUCAACUCCAAAUGGCUGCAGGUCAUCGUGGAUGAAGACGAGCCGCGACCGCGUCUAAACACCGUCACCAGCUGCAUGACGCUGUGUGACAUUAAAUGCGACAAUUACGUGCGUCUCAUUGCGGCAGACAUCUCAUUAGACGAUGAACCGACAGCGACCUUGAAAAUAUUUCGUGGCACUACGCUGCAUACAGAAUUGAAGCUCAACGGCAUACCAGCUGCCAUACAAAGUCUCUACAACGAUGAAUCGGAGCCAAAAACGCCAAUCAUUGCAGUGGCCAUUGCCGAAUCAGUGCUAUUUUUCCGAAAUUUGAAACCUUAUUACAAGUAUACUGUGCCUGGCAUAGAGGCAGAGGAAAUGGAAACAGAUCUCUGGCGUAAGCUGCCGACAGUACGCGUGGAACAGCAGCCAGCCCUGGUGGAAAGUCUGAAGACCAUUGAACGUCCCAAAAUGUCGCGAAAGUCACAAAAGCUAAUACAACUGCCACAAGAGGAACAAAAUGACUUCAUUAUGAAGUAUGCAGAAGCAACGGUAAUGCGUUAUGCGAACAUAGUUGCCAUGGCAUGCCUGGAGCGAAUAUCCAGCGAUGCGAAUCCACCCUCACAUUUGGUCAUUGCCACCGAUAAUGGUGAUAUUCUGGUGCUGGAACCACAAAGUUUCGGUUUAAUCUAUCAGGCAAAGACUUGCGCCUAUGAGACGGCCCCAUCAAUGAUAGCUGUGCAUGGCACAUUUGAGACGGAUUUUCGCAUCGUGGUUGCCACACGCUAUGGCGGCGUUUACCUGCUGCGGAAAUCCAUCAAGGAGGGUCAAGAAAUAUUCAAAAUUUCACAUCCAUUUACCGGUUUAAUGCUGUUGCCGGUGGAUCAAACGAUUACCGUGUGCGCAAUGGAUUGCCGACUCGUUUGCUAUUCGAAGAAGGGCAAGCAAUUGUAUGUGAAUAAACUUUCGGCACUACCGAUGUGUAUGAUUCCAAUUAGUUUGCCACAUUUGGGCAUCACACUUUGUUGUGUGGCACUCGACGGUGGCUUGGUGCAACUGUACCUACAACGAUAUUUAGUUAAUGAGUUCCACAUGGUUUCUACAAUCGGUGCAAUGUGCUUCGGACGUACUGGACACGAAGAUUAUGUGUUGAAUAUGGUUUCGAUCCAAAUGAAUGGCUUGCGCUUAAAGGGAAUCUCGAGAAUAAAGUGA